GAAAGCCGAACGGGAACGAUAGUUUUUACCGACCGGCGUUGUCAGACUCCGAUUCUCCAUCAACUUUCGCAAUUCGUCAUAGUAAAUUAUUUUAUCCUGGAUUAAGUUAUGUUAUUUUGAUUGUGAAUUACUUCUGACUUCACCAUGCUUUUGAUAAAAUAUAACGGUCCUAUACUGAUUCUGGCUCUAGUUUGCCUGACUGAACUUACAUGGACAGCCACCACAACUACUUCAUUUCUAUCAGCAUCGGAGAGAAGUCGGCUUCAUCAGGUUUUCACUGCUUCAUUAGAUGGUAAAGAUCUUCCAACUACAUACUAUUCGGUUAUUGGCCUCAAGGCUCAAGGAGGGUCCGUUCCAAAUGACAAGGAGAUUUGCAAAACGCUGAUAGCAGCUGCUGGAGGAACCCCGACUGUAGAAACAUUGUUCUAUGUUACUGGGACAUGGAAAGCUCUCGGAAACUGCCCUGGAACAUUACCUACUGCCAACAUUGUCAAGAAACUGACGGGCGUGUUGGAGCUUGAAAGCUCGAGUGUGCCUGAUCUGUACUAUGCUUCCCUGGCUUUGUCAAGUCUUGGUCAGAAACUCCCUGACACGGCAAAGCUUCUUAAAAACCUGCAAGCGGCUCUUAAGAAGGACGACAGCACGGCUAGCCUAGGCUAUGCUUUCCAUAUCGGAGCUGUAGCGGGUGGGGAUGUCAAUGUUAUUUUCAACCGCAUUGAAGACGCAAUUGUCCAAGCAGACGAGGUUGAUGGAAAGUUCUUGCAGUUUGAAGGAGGUCUCAGUAUCACAGCAUUGAUCGUGAGUGGGGCGUACAAGCUAGCAGCUGUAGCCAACAAACCUCCGCCCAUCUCUGGUGAACAGGCCGUCAAGUUCGCCAACUACUUCCUCAGCCGCAGAUCUGUGCAGACGCCCAAAGGAGCUCACAGCCUGCUGGACGUUCUUAGCAUACUUACUAACAACAAGUACCACAUCCCCGUGGUGGUGAGCCUGGCUGGUCCUGGAGUGGUGUCUCAGGAUCAGCCCAAAGUGUCAGUCAAGGUGACCAACCUGCUGGGUCAACCUCUCACCUCUGACCUCUCAGUGACUGUGGAGUCUGCCACCAGGAGUGCUGACGAUGUUGUUGUCUUGUCCAAGAAGAAGUUUGAACCCACAUCUGACAAGACAGUGUUCAGUGUGAACCUGAUGGACAGCAAGCCAGAGCCAGGGUUGUACAGACUGUCAGUGAGCGCAGUACCAGCCAAGUCUGAUCCUCGACUGGUCGGCAACAUCGGCGUCACACUGCCUCUCAAGGUUAUGGCCACCGUCACUGUGGACACCUUUGAACUGGGAGUCGGCGAUUCAGAUCAGACCACACAGCCAAAGUUUGAUAAAGUUGUGUUCCCCACAAAGUUGGGUCGUGUGUUGGAGUUGGAUACACAGCAGAAACUGGUCGUGCGGUUUACACUCAAGGACAAGAACAGUGGCAAGCCGCUGAACGUUCACCAAGCGUUCCUGCGGUUCGAGAACAAAGCUACUCUGCAGGAGAUCAUCUUUGUCGCAGAAGUUGACCCCAACAACCAGGGCUACCGCUUUGACUUGGACAUGGGAGCUAAGGCAGCAGACUUUGGUCAGUUGUCUGGCACUUACUCUCUCAACCUGAUUGUUGGGGAUGUCAUUCUGUCCAAUUCCUUCUCAUGGCUGUUGGCUGAUACUAAACUGAAGCUAGCUCUGGACUCGACCCAAGCUCCCCCCUCCACCUCCAUUUAUCAGCCUAAGCCAGAGAUAAAGCAUCUUUUCCGAGAACCUGAGAGACGACCUCCUGUUGUUGUUUCAACCUUGUUCACUGGACUGGUUGCUGUACCGUUCCUCAUCUUGCUAAUAUUGUGGGCCAAACUUGGAGUCAACAUCUCAAAUUUCCCAUUCUCGCUGUCUGCUCUUGGAUUCCACUUGGGCUUAGGAGCCAUCUUCACGCUGUUUGGUUUCUUCUGGCUGCAGCUGAACAUGUUCCAAACCCUCAAGUAUUUGUUGGGUCUGGGUGUGGUAACCUUCCUCAGUGGCAAUCAGCUGUUGGCAAGAAUCGCAACAAGUCGCAAGAAACAAGCUCACUAACAUUCCUCACCAUGAGCACGGUUCUUGCAUCAAGAACACGUCACCUACAGCUGUGCCUGUCAACUGUACACCUUCACUUUACAUUCAUUUCCUUGGGGUUCGUUAAGAGUUUUAGACAUGGAUUUGAACAGUAGACUUUUAUACGUUGUCAACAUGUUGUUUAACUAGUAAGCAAAAGUAUCGCAUUUAAUGUUAAUUUAUAGGCGUUAUGUAUUUAAACCCUUUGAUGCGUGUGCUAAAAGACUGUUUACUUUGCUAAGUGGGAUUGGUUUAUAAUGUGUUAAGCUGUAAAAUUAUCUUAGAUGUAUUUUCAAUAUUUUGUUACUAUUGUGUUUGUUGUGAGAGAACCUUUUGUUGUUCAAUAUCUUGAGGGAUGUCUAUUGAAAUGUGUAAAUUUUCAAUGCGAGAAUGUAAUUAAUAAAUUUACAAUACAUUUGAA